AUCGUUGCCGGGUUAAACUUGGUGUGCUUUAGGACCGCGCGGACAAGCAUGUAGGAAAGCGGUGGCGUGGACCCGGAUGCGGAUCAGAGUGUAGGACAUGGCUCAGACAGCUGGACUCGGACGGAAAUAUUUAAAAGCCUUCGUGAGUGGGUUCUUUGUAGCCGUCCCUGUCACAGUGACGGUGUUAGACCGACUCGCUUACGUGGCACGGGUGGAAGGAGCCUCCAUGCAGCCCUCGCUGAACCCUGAGGGAACCUUGUCGUCAGACGUCGUACUUCUGAACCGCUGGAGUGUGAGGAACUAUGAGGUGCAGCGGGGGGACAUCGUAUCAGUCGUGUCUCCCAAGAACCCCAAACAGAAGAUCAUCAAGCGGGUCAUUGCUCUCGAGGGAGACUUCAUCAAGACUCUGGGCUAUAAAAAUCGUUAUGUGAGAGUUCCAGACGGACACCUGUGGAUCGAGGGAGAUCAUCAUGGACACAGUUUGGACAGCAACACCUUUGGACCGGUUUCCCUCGGACUCCUCCACGGUAGAGCAUCUCACAUCUUAUGGCCUCCAAACCGGUGGCAGAGGAUCAAACCGUGUGUUCCAGUCGCCCGCAGACCUCUGUUCAACUCGGGAGGAUCAACAGAAGAAGAUGGUGAUGAAUACGAUGAUACAAAAUGACCUUCUGGGUAGAUAGACAGUAACACUGACUCUGUUCAGGACAGGAAACAUGUUUGAGCUGUAGAUGUGUGUACAAUGUUUUUUUUUUUUUACAUGCAGAAGAAGGAGAAAAACAUAAAGGCCUUUGAAUUUUCAAAGCUAAGAUUAAUUUGAACAAAUAAAUUUGAUGGAUACAGUA